AUGGCGGCGGCGGGGAAGGCGACGAACACGUGUGGAUGUGAUACAAAGUUUCCUAAAGAUCACGUAAAAGGGAUUUGCUCGGAUACGGAUUGUCCGAAGUGCUAUUCUUGCUGUGGCCCUGGAUGCACAGGGUGCAUAACAUUAUGCAAAGAUGUGGAAGACGGCGUAUGUAAAUGUAGCCUAUGUGGCUGUGAAUGUCGUAAUGAUGAGGGGGUUAAAGGAAGCACAAAAAAGUGCUCUGAGAGCUCUUGUCAACGGUGCAAGGAUAAAUGCCAAAAUGUAGAAGUAGGUGGCAGAUGUAUAUGCUACCUCUGUAACUGUGGAUGCAAUGGCGUAAAUUGUCAGUGCUGUAAACGGUGUAAUCCAGUCACCACAUGCCCAGGAAAGGGAAAAUGCGACACCGAAGAAAAACACGGCGAUAAGUGCCCAAAAGGACAGUGCAAACAAAAGCCCGGUGACUGCUCCACUGUUAAUUGCAUGUGCGAUGAUAUGGGCGUACGAGCAAAGCACAAUGGCGAAUGUGUCUGCAAAUGUAGAUGUGAACAGAAAUGCCCCAGGAUCUUGUGCGCCGAUAAAAGAGGCAAAGAAUCCACCGGUAAACCAGGCACAUGCUGCAAAUCUAACAGUGACUGUACCUGCGAAUGCAAGUGCAACUGCAACGCCUAUGGCAAGUACUACUGCAAGGACCACAAAGCCAACAGCAAAGGAUGCGACAUUAGCAAGUGCAACAUAAUCUUCUACGGCAUUGGGCAAUGCCGCUUCAAGUGCACCAACUGCGGCAGGCUGUGCGACCAAGAUAGAUGUAUGAAUUGGAUACGUGUUAUAGUCAUAGGCUUGAUUAUUUUAGCAUCCUUGUUUGUGCUGCGGGCCAUAUUUCCCGAGAAGUUCCGCGCGAUAAUGACUAAAAUACGCGCCACUUUUGCCAGUUCGCCAGUUCAUUCCGGUAGAUCCCUGAAUACUCUUGUCGGUGACACAAUUCCCGAGGAGACGAACAUUGACCGCUACCCCGCCUUCCGUCCAAGGAUAUACGCUGGCUUGGCGUAG